AAGAAAUCUUUCACCUGCACUCAGUGUGGAAAAAGUUUCACAAACAAACGUACUCUUGAUGUUCACAUGAGAGUUCACACUGGAGAGAAACUGUACACUUGCGAUCAGUGCGGGAAGAGUUUCACACAGUCAUCACACCUUUCAGCACAUAUGAGAGUUCAUACUGGACAGAAACCGUACUCAUGUGAUCAGUGCGGGAAGAGUUUCUCAUACUCAUCACACCUCAAAGAUCACAUGAACAUCCACACUGGAGAGAAACCACACACAUGUGAUCAAUGCGGCAACACAUUUUUGUGGGCUUCUGUCCUGAAGAAACACCUGACGGUUCAUACAAAGGAGAAGCCACAUUCUUGUUAUUUGUGUGGAAGGGGCUUUUCAUGUCUACAAAAUUUGGAAAUGCAUCAGAAAAUACACUCUGGUGUGAGAGAUUACAUGUGCUUUGAGUGUGAAAAGACUUUUACUUCAGCUGCACGUUUGAAACUGCAUGAGAGGAUCCACACUGGAGAAAAACCUUAUAAGUGUUCACACUGUGACAAGAGAUUCAGUCAUUCAGGAAGCCUGAAAACACAUGAGAGGAUCCACACUGGAGAGAAACCGUACAAGUGUCCACACUGUGACAAGAGAUUAAUUCAGUUAUCACAUCUGAAAAUACAUGAGAGGAUUCACACUGGAGGAAAAUUGUAUAUGUGA